AAGCCAAACAUACUCCCUUUUACUGUUGAACAGGGAGUUUACUUGUGUAAUGGUUGAAAUGCGUAAGAAAUACAAGGUGUUGCGUGAGUUUCACAGCGAAUGCGUGAGACUUGAGAUCCCUGCUUUACUAUUUCCAGAAAAACCCUCAAUGGAAGUCAGUUCCAAAAGGCUGAGCUGAGCUUCUGAAGGUCACUUUCUAUAAUACAAUGUGACUAGGGCAGUGCAGCAUCUGCCAUGUGUCUUCAAUGAGCAAAGAUCAGUGGAUACUACGUACAUUCACAAAGGCGGCCACAAAGCAAACUACAUGAACUUACUGGAGAUGUGGAAUAGGAACUGUCAGACUUCAUAUGGCUGAUGGUGGUCAACAAGAAGACUUCCCAGCAAAUAGCAGACGGCCUCUCUCUCUUUCUUGGCAACAAUGCUGUACUGCAGAUCUGUUGAGGUAUCCUCUCACAUCAAAGCCCAGAAAGAAUCCUUGCAGGGGGAGACAUCGUUGCGGAAAACCAACCAUCCGGCAAGCUCUGUUGUCCAAGUGAACAAGUCUCCUGAUGAGGCUCAGGACAGUAACAUCCUGUAUGAGAAAGGUAACGAUGAGAAGGAUAAAGACCCCGGGUCCAGGAGAGUCUACAGUUGUGUCUCCCUACCAAGGAAACCAGAAUGCAAACCCUCCCUGCACCCAACCAAACGGGCCAAAAGGAAGCUGAAUGUCAAAACCACCUCUAAGUCUAUGGGCUCUGUCACAAAGAAAAAGGGCAGCCAAAAAUUGCCCCAGAAACCUGAGAGGAAAAUAAAAAGCAAGGAACACUGUGUAGACUUCCGAAACAAAAUAGUAUUGAGGCAUAUAUCUGGGGAAGGUUAAAAGAAAAUUGCAAAAGUUUAAGAUGUCUCCCAAAGCACAGUGAGGUCUGUCAUUGUGAAAUGGAAGGCGUUUGGAACCACCAAGACUCUUCCUAGAUCUGGCCGCCCAGCCAAACUAAGUACCAGUACGAGUAGGGCCUCAGUCAGAAAGAACCCAACGGUCACUCUCAUUAGGGUUAAGAGACAAGAAAACUUAAACCAUGAAGAUCCAUUGUAGUGGCACUCUGGCAAGCACGCCUUGAUUGAGUGGACAGACAAAAGGCACACUUGAGUGAAAGGCAUAUGAGAGAAUUACUGAAAGCAUAAGAAAUAAUAUUAUCAGGUCUAAACUUUAAUUCACUGGCCUAACAUUUGUACACCACUCAAAACGGUUCCAUCUUGAGAACCAGACAUCGCUCAUCACCUGGCUAGUACCACACCUACAAAGGAUCAUGGGGAUGGGGAUCCUUCCCAAUGACGGGGGCAGAAGUACUCGUCAGGACUGAGAGAAUGGAUAACCACAGCCGAUACAGACGGAGCCUUAAAGAAGACCCGCUUCAAAGUGCACAUCACCCUCAGACUGGGGUGAUGGUCCAGCUGUCGGCAUGACAACAGCCAGUAGGAGCUCCAGUACCAAGCCAAAACCCAGACUUUGAACAA